AUGAGAACCCUAUGUCGAAGUGCGGCUUUUCUACUCUUGAUUGUUGCUAGCGUUUUCGCCGCUGAGGAAGGUGUUAUUGCCGAAGCAGGCAAGAAGACCCAGGAUGUCGUCGACACCGCUGGAGAAAAAAUUUCCAGCGCCGCGGAGAAGAUCAAGAAUGCAGCUGUAGAGGGCUGGAAUAAGGGAACCGGAGCUGCUGAGGAGACCUUCAAUGCUGCCGGAGAAAAGAUUGAGCAGGGCAAG